GCCACUCGCGUGUUUUUGGGUUCGGCUCGUAUUUACACGAGCAGUACAGUUCUAUGUUUGGAUUCUGAGUAUAGGUCUCCUUCGUGUUUCUUGAAAAACGACGAUCAACAAGAAAGCUUUAGCGCCUGUCUUGUCUGGCUUAAUGGGUCGAGAAUAUAUACAUGGGUCUGAUGUGGGUUCGCGGCACAUUCGAUUCCGGACCCCCAUCAUGUAACAAUCUCGCCGCCGCACCGUUCGAACUGAUUCAGUGUGCCUAAUCCACUUCUUGAUUUUCUUGAAUUGUCUUGUCUGGAGAAAGGGUAUUCGAGGUUGGAAUUUCAUCAUUGAUGCCAGUUGAUCCUCAAGACACUAAAGAGCACAUAAAGGCCACUGACAAUAAGCAACAUGCACGGUCUCUGGAACCAGAGAACGAAUGUUUCCAGAAACUGAAGAACUUUGAUGUUUCUACUACUGCUACAGAUCGACCAUCUUCUUUGGUCGGGGGAUCAUGUUGCCAUUGCGGUCAGAGAAUUCUGCUCCGGUCACAUGAGACACCCAGGCAACGAGCCCAACAGGAGAAGGUAGAAGAGUUAUCAGAUGAUGGCCACAUGAUGGACCUACUUCAAAAGAUUGAUUGCUUGAGGUUAGGUUCACAGGAUACUAGUCAAACAGGGCCACACACUGCAAUGGAAGGACCGGUACUUAGAAAGGAAGAGACAGGAUAUGAUUCAAUGAAAAGAGAAGGUUGUCCAUCAGGUUUCAAGGAUUUUAAAUCGAUGCUGAGUUCUUUCAUGGAGUACAGUCAAUUGAAGGUCAUCGCUGAACUUAAUAAUGGGGUUCAUGUUGGCUCUUGGAAAGUUGUCUCAAGCAUAGAGCUCAAUAAAGAUGAAGAAUUGUUUGGAACAGCUGGGAUUUCGAAGACCAUCGAAGUUUUCCAUUUUUCCUCGGUGGUGAACGGAACAGCUGCGGGUCAUGGACCUGUUGCGAAAAUCUCCAAGGAAUCGAAACUUAGUUGCUUGAGUUGGAAUAAGUACAUGAACAACCAAUUCGCUGUUAGUGAUUAUGGAGGCAUAGUAGCUGUUCACGAUGCAGCUACUUCUCAGAGUAUGAUUCAAUUUAAGGAGCAUGAUAAUCGAGUUUGGUCGAUUGAUUUCUCGCACACUGAGCCUCAUUUGCUCAUUUCUGGAGGUGAUGGCUGCAAGGUUAAGGUUUGGUCCACCAAGCAAGAAGCGAGUGUUCUUACCAUCGACAUGAGGGCCAGCAUUUGCACUGUCAAAUAUGAUCCUGGAUCGAGCGUGUACUUAGCUGUGGGUUCAGCAGAUCAUAACAUUUAUUACUACGACUUGAGAUAUGUCAGUGAACCGGUGCAUAAGCUCAAAGGGCAUGGGAAGUCUGUUUCCCAUGUGGAAUUCUCCUCUAGCAACAACCUUGUCUCUGCUUCUAUCGACAGCUCCUUGCGCCUGUGGGAUAUAAAGAAAUGCGCUCCUCUCCGUGUAUUUAGAGGACACUCGAAUACGAAAAACUUUGUGGGCCUCUCGUCGAGUGGCGACUUCAUAGGAUGUGGCAGCGAAACAAAUGAAGUGGUCGUCUAUCACAAGGAUUUUUCUAGACCGGCAGCUUGGCACAGCUUCGAUUCCCCCUGCACAGGUCAUGCCGGCAAGACUGCAGAUGUAUGCUUUGUAAGCGCAGUGUGCUGGAAACGCGACAGUUCAGUGAUGCUGGCGGCAAACGGCCAAGGAAUUAUCAAAGUACUUGCGUUACCAUUUCAACAGAUGUAACUGAAUCGAUGAGGUACAGAUGUUGGGAAGCCUGCGUUGAUCUGAGUAUCUGAUGUUUGAACGUCAUUGAAUCGUCGUGGCGUAUAGGUAUGGUCGUGAAUCUGUGAUGAAGUAAUUUUAGCUGUCAUGUUUAGAAAUGAGAUUGUCGAUUUCUUUUGCGGCAAA